GAAGCACGUGUGUGUGUGAUAUAAGUUUGAGUUGAGUACACGUCAUGAGAUACAUCUUUCCUUAAAUUAAAGGCGUACGGGCAUGAUUGUACAGCAGCAUCUAUCUGCAGACAGCUACUGAGGACUAAUCAGUACUACUGCACGCGAUUACGGGAUAGGCUACUGCCUGGGAAGGGCAAUCUACAGCUCAUGCUAACGUAGGAUGCAUAGAGAAUCAUCCAGUUAUCCAGGGAAGAAUUGAUCACAAAAUGCGUCCUGGAUUCUCUAUUUGCGUGGCAGAUACACGGUAGCAACGACUUUGGGGUAACCAGGUCUUUACGGCAACCAACGUAGCUGAAUGUUAGCAGUUAGCAACGAAGGUGGGGAGAACGGUGGAUCUCUACAAAUGGAUUAAUAUACUGUUAAAAAUAUGUCUACCUAUUAUCGAGUGGUAACGUCCAAACAAAUCGACAACAAAGUUUCAGAACUGCUUUUUGCAUUGGGACUGAAAUAAGAACAACAGGACCUGCGGCGUAAAGCCUGUCAAGCUUUGCUUGAGUGACUUGUUACUUGCAAAUGCUGUAAUUCAGAAAUUAAACCGCAUUGCCCCUAGCCAUUUUGACUGCGUCGACUUCAGAAUCGGAUAUUGUAGCAGUCUCCGUAUCUGAGGUCGGAUGUGAGCCAACAAUCGUUAUAAUACUCGGCUAUCAAAGGUGCAACAUCCUGUGCAGGCUGAGACGUUGUUUAGUUUGCAACCCCCUUACUAGAUGACUGAUUUGUGUUACAACGAGUAAGCUGCCUAUCGGAUGUCCCUAUGUCUUAAAUUAAUGCAUCUGACAAAGAAUGUGUAAAUAUUCAUCUUAGGGCCAUGUAAAGGCCUAACUGGUAAAUAUAUUAUGACAACGGAUGGGCUUUGGAUUCCGGGUUUGGUUGAAGAAGUGUGAAAUAUCUUGGAUUCAUUAAAACGUAUGAUUCCUCGCCGUUCGUAACCGGUUGCCUCUCAAGGACAAUUGCAUAUUCUUCCGUGUGGAGUGGGCAUAUUGGUUUGGAUGACACUGCAGUCCCAUUUCUACAUUUGGAAUUAACACGUAAACUGAGCUAGGUGUUUGACACAACAGGGAAGGUGGAGCAUUGUCCGUCGAACGUGUUGACGCAGUGGGAUUUGUACGUCUGGUCGGCCUUCCCUCCCGCCCUUCCCGCGGUGACGGUGAUGGGUCGGAAGCGGUGUGUCGGUGCAGAUUGUUCCAAGAUGGCGGCCGGGUGCUGCGGGGUGAAGAAGCAGAAGUUGUCGGGAUCCCCUGGGUCUGGAGGUCCCGGCGGAACGGCUAGUGGGGUAGCUGGAAGCGGGCAUUGUGGAUCGGACUUGGGGAUUGGCUCGUCCGCUGCUGUUGCGGCAGGGAACGUGAACCGAGUGAACGGCCUAGGGGGGCCAGGGAGUAGUAGUAGUAGCAGUAACAGCAACACUCUGUCCCCUUCCUCGGGGGGAAGCUACAACUCUACUGCCCUCUCUCCUCAUCUCAGCCCCGGCUCUAGUGGCUCUGGGAGCGGAGGUAGGAAAAUGGUCGUGUCAGCUGAGAUGUGUUGCUUCUGUUUCGACGUCCUUUAUUGUCAUCUCUACGGAUACCAACCUCCACGGACACCCAGGUUUACAAACGACCCCUAUCCACUGUUCGUCACUUGGAAAAUUGGCAGAGACAAGAGGUUGAGGGGUUGUAUAGGUACAUUUUCUGCCAUGAACCUGCACUCAGGACUCAGGGAGUACACCCUUACUAGUGCCCUUAAAGACAGCCGCUUUCCCCCCAUGACGAGGGAUGAGCUGCCACGUCUCUUCUGCUCAGUAUCUCUGCUCACCAACUUUGAAGAUGUUGGCGAUUAUCUUGACUGGGAGGUUGGUGUGCAUGGCAUUAGGAUAGAAUUUUUCAAUGAAAAAGGAUCAAAACGCACAGCCACCUAUCUUCCGGAGGUUGCAAAAGAACAAGGAUGGGACCACAUUCAGACCAUAGAUUCCUUACUUCGCAAGGGAGGUUAUAAAGCUCCCAUCACAAAUGACUUCAGGAAGAGCAUUAAAUUGACCAGGUAUCGUAGUGAAAAGAUGACUAUGAGCUACGCAGAAUAUAUUGCUCAUCGCCAACACCAUCACUACCAGAAUGGCAUUGGGCACCCUCUUCCACCCUACAACCAUUAUUCCUGACACCGAGCCGCAUGACCAGUCACUGGACCUCUCAGCAGACCUCUUCCCAGGAGAGCCCGCCCCCUCAUGGUCUAGCUAUCUUUACUACUGUACCAUUUUAUGAUGAUAGUUUCCGUUGCUGUGCAGACCAUCUUUUUGAUGGCUCAUGGCAACGGGGUUGGCAAAUUAAGUCUAAUAUUGAUUUACUAAAGAAGCAAAAAUUCCUAUUUUUCCUUUCAUGUAUUUUAGUUUUUGCAGCAUAUAUUUCCGUUACCCUUUUGUGAAUUAAAGGAGGAGAAAGUGGAGAAAUAAUGACCCCUUAUCAGGUUUAGAUUUUGUGAAUGGAGGUGAUAGCCCCAAAUUUUGAUUAGUUUUAUUCUGGGUAUGCAAAAUGUAAGUAUUUGUUCUUCUUUUAUUUUAUUUUAUUUUGUUCUCUUUAAACUUUUUUUCUCCCCGAGUGUUGCCAUGUGUGUCGGGUACAUGUAAACAUUCAUGAUCUAUAACCCAAGUUUUUUUCUCCUGAAAUCAGUGGACCAUCAUGAAUUUUGGUGGGUUUUAAUGGUUGUGGAUGUGUUUCAGUUGUUUGCCUCAUGACCUCUUGUAUACCGUGUAGUUAUUAUACAAGGGUCUGCUUCUCUUUGUUUAGUUUUUGGAAAGCUUUGACUAUUAUUAAAGUACUGAAAAUUGGCUAAGAUACUUCCCAACAUUAUAAUUCUGGAUAUUAGACGCUAUUGUUCUUCACUUGACUGAAUUAUCUUAAGCUGAGUUGUAUCGCUCCCCUUUUGUGCAAGUUUUUGAGGAUUGUUUUUUUUUUUCUGAAUAUAAAUUCAAACCACAGGGACAUGCCAUAGAAAAGACUAUAAGCCAUAUUAAUUUUCUUACUGCAUGCAGAGUAGGUUCUGGGUGUCUUUUUUCCCCCUUCAGUUUUGACAUCUAGGCACCACUCUGUUUACCUGAAUUUUUUGGCUAAUGGCUGUGUAGUCAAGGUUUUUCCCUUGAAGGCAAAGCUGGUAUUUCUGAUUGUAUCUGCCAUUUACUAUGAGUCUUAUCCUUGCGUGACAUUUGUUGGUUAUGUUAGCAGUCUUGGUUUGGGUCACAUUUUGUGACGGUUUUGUAAAGUCUUGAUAUAUUGUGGUUGUAGCCUCUCGAGUACACCAUCAUGGUGUGAAUAAUGUUUACAUCUAUCUACAAAAACAAAUAAACUGUAACAUACUAUUUAACGAGUGAAUAUUUAGAGAAAAUCAUUUUAAGAACACUCACAAUAGACCAAUGGGGCUGGUAAAGAGAAGAUAAUUUUUCAGACUUAAAGGUUGUAUUUAAUGGCUUUUGUUCACAUGAUUCACAAGUUGCAGCUAUGUGUGUUGCAGUUUGGUGCAAUCAUGUGAGGCCACACAAGUGAUUUAUGAACUCCUUUUUAUCUUUUUAAACCCAGGUAAAGUGCUUUGCACUUUGCUGUUGCAGUGCGGGGGUGGGGGGUGGGGGCUGGGGCUGCAGGCUUGUCUGAGAAAAUCACAGGAUUAGUACUACUUUAAUGUCCAAGAAUAAUCUUGUAAGUCAUACUGUGUUGUGACACCCCCCCCCCCCCACACACACACACACAUAAGUACUUAUCGGUACUGUUUUCUGGAGAAGAAACUGACAUUUUUAGAGGUGCUCAAUUGUGAUGAGGCUUCUACAUGUCACUAUAAGGACAUUGUUGUUUCCUCCAUUGUGCACAAUAUUAAGGGCUUUUGGUGUUCCAUCCACAGUUACCCUAUUACUCCCAGAGAUGACCCUGAUUUCAGUUGUGUUGCCUUAAAAAUGAAUUACUUGACACACAUGAACCAGUAAAUUGGCAGCCCGACUUUACCUCUUCUCUCUAUAUUUUUAAGAUUUCCAGGCAUAGAUCACCAUUUUCCACACAUUGAAAUGAUACACUUGAUUGUUUUGACCGUUUUUUUUUUUUUCUGAUAUUAUGCCCAGCAGCGUUAGCUCAAUUUUUUCAUUUCCGUAGAUAUGGGAGAUGUUCGAGCCAGCUUUAGUAUAUCGAAAUACAAUAAUUUUUAUUACGCUGUAAUGCCAUUUGGGAAUUGUGACUUGGAGGCUGCUAAAAUAGCUCAAAUUUCACAUUUUGUGGUGUUUGUUGUAUGUCAUCUAAGUCAUGUAAAUGCCUUUUUUUCUGGUCCUCUGAUGAGUACAAUACAAACUGAAUACUUUCUUUGCUGCUGCAAAGUCUAGUGAGUUAUGUAUGUGCAUACAGGAGUAAAUGUAUUCACAUAUGCAAUACUUUUCUGUUGCAUGUAUGAACAUGAACAUCUGUUCAUCCAUGGCAUAUUGUGCUGCUAGACACUAAAUAAGAGAAACAAAAGGAACAUAAAAUGGUGCUAUUAGGCCUCAUUUUGGGGCGGUCAAAAUAAACAUGACUGGUCAUGCGGACUCACCGAUCAUAUCAAUAGAUCAUUAUUGAUUCUUCAUAUGCACACACAUUUUGCAGGGGUUUUUUUGUUUCACACCAGUGUAACCAAGAUUAAAUACAAUGAACCUGCAGGUUUGAAAGGACAUGGAGUCACAAGUCUAACCCAUGCUCAUCACCAUCCCUUUUUCAUGGCUUGGGGGUAGAGGACAUAUGCCAUUCAUCUAGUGUGUUAGAGUACCCCCCCCCCCCCCCCCCCCCCCCACACACACACACACACACACACACACACACACACACACACCCCAACCACAUGACAAUAAAAUGUUUGUCACGUUAGUUUGCUUUCUGCAACCCCUCCUGCUUUAACAUUUUAUCACAACUAUUCUCACAGGACAAAUACUAUGCAAAAAGCUAGAUUAUGUGUGUAGAACAUUAUUAUUUGGAACUAUGGUUACUGCUCCACUGCCUAGUACAUGUACCUCCCAUGACAGGCUAUUUUCAGUUCAGUGCAUGUUUAGAUUUGUUUACACUCCAUUUGGGACUUCAAGCAAAAUGCUUAACGGAAAUGUUAACAUAUUUGUAGGCUACAGUAAUAGUACGCUCCCUUUUUUGCCCAGUAAAAAAAAAAUAUUUCAUUGGCAUUUCCCUGGACUGGGAUCAGUUGAAAAGGAACUGUAACUUCCUUUAAGAAAAUAUACGUAUUUGGAUUAGUGUCCCCCCCCCCCACAUACAAACACACACACACACACCCCACCAUGCUACUGUUCCCUCCAGUACAGUAUCCAUUUGGAAAUGUGUAGGCUCACUUCACCUUUGUUCACCUGAACCAAAGACGCCUCCAGCCAUGUCCAAAUGCUGCUCUUCAGACCUGCCACCUUGUCCUUCCAAGCACUCCUGCAAGAAAAUGUCUAUUUUUGUCUUCUUUUUUUACCAAUUUUGUACAAUUUCUAAUGUGUUUGUCUUUAUUUUCAUUUUAUUUCAUUUUUUUUCCUUUUCAGUUUGCAAACUCUGUUAAAUAAAAUAUUGUUAUCUGGAAGUACCUUGACCAGACAUACGGUCAAUGUAAUGCUUUUUCAGUGUUUUUGUUUAUUUUUGUGUUUAAAUACCCCAUAGCGUGCCUCUUAGAAUUUUUUUUUUUUUUUUUCUUAAUGUGUUUUCCUAAAGACCAGCAGUUAUACUUUAUACAAAAGAAACAUUCAUCUUUAUUUUUUAAUGCCAUCAAAAUAAAAAGCCUCUUUUCUUUACUCUGGACCCAGUAGCUGCACCAGUAUACAAUCGCACUGAUAGAUGAACAGUAGUAGAAUAGUAGAAAUGACUGAUAAUGACACAAUGAAUAUGAACAGUAACAUGUUUAAUGAAAACAAUUUGUAGAAAAAAAAACACUGUAAAAAGGAGGAAAAAAGACAACAUGACUGUUUUAUACAUCAUAAAAAAAAAAACUUUUUGAAAAUAUUUUGGAUCUAGUUUCUAAAUUAUUUUAGUGGUUUUCUAUUUGCAACGUAGAAAUGCUGAUUAUGGAAUGCUCCAUGUACUAAAUGGAUUGCUUGAAUUGGGGUUGUCAGGUAUAGCCUUGUAUACCCAUAGUUUUCUUUUUGGUUUUCUCUCCGAGCUGUUAGUAAUGGAUGACAAAUGACCUGUUGAUUAUCCUCCCCUUCCCCAGCUGUUGGUGUGGUGACCGUUGAAUUGGGCAUUUAAUGUAAUAGUAUGGAACAAAUUACCGGAUCCUAAAUGGGGGGGGGGGGGGCACUGGUGGGGAUGAAUUCUCAUGCUUGGAUGGGGGCGUAUGUGACUAUGGCAAUGAUGUAGUUUUAAAUACUAUUGUUACCUUUCAACUCAUUUAUUCAAUAAAAAAAUAAACAAUGA